CUCUCUCCUUCAAACCUCUCUCUCUCUCUCUCUCUCUCUCUCUCUCUCUCUCAUCUCACACUGUCUUUGGCCAUGGAAAACCAAACCGGUCUCAAGCUCAGAAUCUCUCGCAUGUUCAGAUCCUCCUUCGGUUCCUGUCGAACAAAACACAUAGCCGAUGUCAUGGAAAAAGCAGUUUUUGCACCACCCACCUCCACUGACCCACCCUCUCCCAAAGCCACACCCUUUCCUCCCUCUUGUACCUCCAAAACAAUCAACGAUACUUGCAUACUCUCCUUCGACGAUUCUCAUUCUCUCUCUAGACGCAAAAUCUCACAUUUUUCACCACCUUUUCUCUGGGCCAACACCACCGCUACCACCACCAACAACCUCAAGCUUAACCUUGGUGUCAUGUCGUGUCCACCCACUUCUCCCAGGGUUUCCCGCAACACAAUCCAAGAACGCGAUUUCAUUUUCCACGACAAAACAAAGGCUUCGUCUUCAACAAAAAACGUUAAGACCAAGAAGAAGAAGAAGAAGAGACGUGCCCAGAAGAGAAGGGACUUUUUCCCUUUCAAUUCAUGCUCCAAAGACACCAGCUUUGGUGGCUACUGGUGGUACAGCAGCGACGAAGACGAUGAAACUGACACCCUUUUCUCCUCCAAGAGCCUCUCCUCCGACUCCUCCAGGUCCCGGCGCCGUGGCCGGAAAAGUGACCGGAGCUCCGACAUGGGUGUUCUGCCGCUGCACGGGAAGGUGAAGGACACGUUCGCGGUGGUGAAGCGCUCGAGCGACCCUUACAGUGAUUUCAGGACUUCGAUGGUGGAGAUGAUCGUGGAGAAGCAGAUAUUUUCGCCGGCGGAUUUGGAGAAUCUCUUGCAGUGUUUUCUGUCUCUGAAUUCGUGUCAUCAUCAUAAGAUCAUUGUCCAAGUGUUCACGGAGAUUUGGGAGGCUUUGUUCUCUGACUGGUUUUGAUAUCAGUAAAACAAUAAAUAAGAGGGAGAAAGAAAAUAACCUCUAUCUUGUCUUCUUUCUCUCUGUUAUUUGUGUUAGUUAGUUUCCAAGGAAAUUUAAUUAGUUCAGUCCUUCUAACUCGCUUUGCAUGUAUGAUAUGAUAUGAUAUUCCAUCUUCUGCCUGCCACUCAGUUUAAUUACAGAACCCUUUUCAUAUCA